GCCUACCAGCUACGCCUAGCUACGCCUAGCUACGCCUAGUCGCUCCGUGCGGCUGCGGCGCUCUGGUUGCCACGGCAACGCUCUCCAGCCCGCGACACGGCGUGGCGUGGCGUGGCGUGGCGUGAAGCGAUAGUCCAAUAACCGAGUGCGCUAGCCGACAGGGCCGCCAGGUACCGUGUCCUUGGAGUACCCGGCUCGACUCAGACCCCGCUACGCUUCAGCAGCCCGCGCCUCCAGUGACUCCAGGGACUCCAGGGACUGCAGGGACUCCAGGGGCCCCAGCGCGCUCCAGGGCGGCGAUACCGCGGCGACGGGCGCCAGAGCCGAACCUCCACUGUCUGUCUCCGGGGAGUCCCUUCUCCAGCCACGGCCCCCCGGGGCCCCCGGCUCGCCUCACCGCCGCGACCGCCGCCAUGAGCAGCGCCAAAGUGACCAAAGUGACCAGGACGACGAAGACGGUGGUGGAGGCAUCGGGCGACGCGCAGGCUGAGCCGGCCGAGACCAAAACAGCCCUCCUGACUUCGCUGACGUCCUCCGGCGAGAAGAUUGACAACGGGAAGAACGGCUCCCACGACGCCACCUCCACCACGGUCACCAUGGAGUACGCCGACGGCGAGAACACGCCCGACAGCAACAAGAUGAACAGGAAGCUGUCGCACAUCAAGAAGCGCGUCUCGCAGGAGUUCACCAAAAGCUCCAAGUGCCGCAAGUGGGUGACCUGGCUUAUCCACCUGGUGGGCGUGACGGUGCCCUACGCCGCCAUCCUGGUGGGCGCCAUCUACCUCGACGAGUGCCCCGCCAACCGCAACAUCCCCAUGCACCUGAUCGUGACCGGCGUGGUGACCGCCGUGCUGCACUUGUCCACCUCCAUCGACGCCUACCGGAAGCUGUCGUACCUCAAGGACGACGAGAAGCCCGCUAUCUUCACGCUCACCUCCCUGUUCCUCUUUAUCUGGAUGAUCCUGGGCUGCGUGUGGGUGUUCGGCAUCUUCGUCCCCGACAACGACUACGGCAUGUGGAACCCGCAAGGCUUCGGCUACUGCCACAAGCGCCUGUACUGGUUCGCCUUCGUGUUCAACCUGGCCUUCCUGGUGUCCGUCGUGGCGUCCUUCCUGCUCUGCUGCUGCGUCUGCAACCUGCUCUGCAACAUCACCAUCCUCACCUGCCUCUGCUACCAGAAGACCAAGAAGGGCCACGGUGACGAGGACGCGUCCACACCGGUGCAAGUUUGAGCAGUGCCGAUCCGGAAAAAGAACUAAAUCGCCCGGAAAGGCCAGAAAACAAGCACAAAAAAGAUUUUGAAAAAAAAAAAUAUGUAGGCUUUUGUAUCUGACUUUGGUUCAACGUUCCAAAUAGUAGGCGUGUUUAUUAUUUAUGGAAUGAUUUAUUUAUUUUGUUGCUAUGUGUGUAACGUUAGAAUUAAUUACUCGUCGUUCGUACUAGUGCAUCACCCUUCCCAGCAUGUUGAGUACGGUUGUGCAUUGCGGUCCGGGUGGCCGCGGGCCCAGGGUGGCCCCAGGAACUCCGCAAGUGCGAGUGAGACAGAGCGACGGCAGCUGGCAAGGCUGGCAUUCCCCCGGUCCGCCCUAGUCCGCCCGAGGGUCCCGAGGGCCCGCCCCCACCCGUGCCGCCCAGUUUCUGUUCUUUCUCAUCCCAGUCAUAAAGUAACGAGUCGGCUAACUUAGCUUAGCUUUCACCUGAAAGGCCCAAAGACUGCGCUCCCCUAGUAGCCCUGCCAAAAAACUGAGGACCCCAAAAGUUCAAAAUAAUUUAGAAAGUAGUUGAUAUACAAUAAUAAGAUUAUUAUUAUUAUGUACAUAAAGAAGGCGCGCGAUUUCUUUGUCCGUAGCUCAUGGUUACUCAGUCUUUAUGUACUCUUACUCUCUACUCGAGGCGCCCCCGCAACACAACAUCGAGUCGGGGACGUCGCUCUUUGUAUUGUCAAUGUAUUUACCUGUUAUAUGUAUGUACCUACAACGGAGGAGGCAGAGUUUUUGUCUUUUGUAUUAAAAGAAACACCAAUGAG